AUGUCCGGCUUAAACUCUUUAUUUGACUGUUUCGAAGAGCCAUCUUCUAAUGAAAUAUGCUUACAAGUUCCUAAUGUUGACAAUGUGGAGACAUCAAAAGAUGAAAAAAUUCAAAAAAAGAGAGCUCACGAACAAGUGGAAUAUGCUGAUACAGAAGUUCAACCAGAGGAUAAUAAGAAACUUAAACCUGAUGAAGAUGAGAGUGAUUUAUUAGCAGAUCUGAACUUAGAUUUAGCUAAUUCUCGAAUAGUCAUUCACACCCUUGAAACACAUGAAGGUUGCACUCAUGAAGUAGCAGUGCCUCCAAAUCAUGAAUAUUUACCCCUGGUUCCAUUAUCUGGUACUCCAGUAAAACAGUAUAGUUUCAUAUUGGAUCCAUUUCAAAAGGAAGCUAUUAUGUGCAUUGACAAUCUGCAGUCGGUACUUGUUUCUGCACACACAUCAGCUGGAAAAACAGUUGUUGCUGAGUAUGCCAUAGCAUUAUCCCUGAAGAAAAAACAAAGAGUUAUAUACACAACACCCAUAAAAGCUUUAUCAAAUCAGAAAUACAGAGAGUUUUCAGAGGAAUUUAUUGAUGUUGGUUUAAUUACUGGAGAUGUUACUAUUAAUCCUACUGCAUCCUGUCUUAUUAUGACUACUGAGAUUUUGCGGAAUAUGUUAUACAGAGGAUCAGAAAUCAUGCGUGAGGUUGGUUGGGUUGUGUUUGAUGAAAUUCACUACAUGAGGGAUAAAGAAAGAGGUGUUGUAUGGGAAGAAACUUUGAUUCUUCUCCCCGACAAUGUUCACUACGUGUUUCUAUCUGCUACUAUCCCCAACGCACGUCAAUUCGCUGAAUGGGUGUGUCGUCUCCAUUCGCAACCCUGUCACGUGGUCUACACCGAAUAUCGGCCCACCCCUCUACAACAUUAUAUAUUCCCAGCUGGAGGUGACGGAAUCCAUCUAGUUGUUGAUGAGAAGGGUCAAUUCAAAGAAGGUAAUUUCAACACAGCCAUGACAGUUCUAAGUAACGCCGGAGAUGCGGGUAAGGGUGACCAGCGCGGGCGUCGCGGAGGCUUCAAAGGGGGAAAUAAUACGAAUAUUUUUAAUAUCGUCAAGAUGAUAAUGGAGAGGAACUUUGCCCCAGUAAUCAUAUUCAGCUUCAGUAAGAAGGAUUGUGAGCUGUAUGCAAUGCAAAUGGCGAAAUUGGACUUUAAUACUAUUGAAGAAAAGAAACUGGUUGAUGAGGUAUUCAAUAAUGCAAUGGAUGUGUUAUCUGAGGAGGAUAGGAAACUGCCGCAAGUUGAGAAUGUCAUUCCGUUACUGAGACGCGGUAUUGGAAUACAUCACGGUGGUCUUCUGCCCAUACUUAAGGAGACCAUUGAGAUUCUAUUCGGAUUAGGACUUAUUAAGGCACUAUUUGCGACGGAGACCUUCGCUAUGGGCCUCAACAUGCCGGCGAGGACCGUUGUUUUCACCAAUUGUCAGAAAUUCGAUGGCAAAGAUUUCAGAUUUAUAACAUCAGGCGAGUAUAUUCAAAUGUCUGGACGUGCUGGGCGUCGAGGAUUGGACGACAAGGGGAUUGUUAUUUUGAUGAUUGACCAAAAAGUGGCUCCUAACACAGUAAAGUCCAUGGUUCAGGGUAAAGCGGAUCCUAUUAAUUCGGCCUUCCACCUCACUUAUAAUAUGGUGUUAAAUCUAUUGCGAGUGGAAGAAAUAAAUCCCGAAUAUAUGUUGGAGAGAAGUUUCUUCCAGUUUCAAAAUCAGGCCGCUAUUCCAGAUAUUAUAGAGAAGGUUAAAACAAAACAGAAGGAAUAUGAUGCGUUAGGCAUAGAGCAGGAACACUCUAUAGCGUCGUAUUGUGCUCUUCGUUCACAAUUAGACCUUUUGGGAGCUCAAUUCCGCUCUUUUAUUACACGUCCUGAAUACCUUAAGCCAUUCCUACAGCCCGGACGACUUGUUAAGAUAAAAACCGAAAAAUACGAAUAUGACUGGGGAAUUAUAGUGAACUUUAGGCACAAAACAAAAGGGAAAAAGGGGAAACACGAGAAUCCCUUAACCGCUGAAACAGUCAUAUUAGUAGAUACGCUGUUACACGUAAAGAAAUCAAGUGGAGACGAUCCAGACACUAAUGUACCAUGUCCACCUGGUGAGACGGGAGAUGUUGAAGUCGUUCCAGUACUACACACUUUGAUAAAUCAAAUAAGCUCGCUGAGAGUCUAUUAUCCGAAGGAUUUAAGACCAGCGGAUAGUCGGAAGUCCGUACUGAAGACAAUAAAUGAAGUGAAAAAACGUUUCCCUGACGGACCACCUUUGUUAAAUCCAAUAAAGGAUAUGAAAAUUGACGAACCAGUGUUCAAGGACUGUGUGGAUAAAAUCAAAUUGUUUGAAGAGAGGUUAUUUGCUCAUCCUUUACACAAAGACAAGAAUCGAGGAGCGCUAACAGCCGCGUAUGAAAAGAAACAAGAAAUAUAUGACGAACUAAAGCAAGCGAAAGGUGAACUUAAAAAAGCGAAAAGUAUUUUACAAAUGGACGAUUUAAAGAAACGUAAACGUGUUCUUAGACGAAUGGGAUAUUGUACUAUGUCUGAUGUUAUCGAACUCAAAGGGCGAAUUGCCUGCGAGCUCAGUAGUGCUGACGAGCUGUUACUGACAGAGUUAAUAUUUAACGGAGUUUUCAACUCAUUGACACCAGAGCAAUGUGCAGCUUUAGUAAGCUGUUUUGUUUGUGACGAGAAUUCGACGCAGGCUUCUGCCACUGGCGAGGAGUUGAAAGGUGUUUUAAGACAAUUACAGGAAUAUGCUAGAAGAAUUGCAAAGAUAUCUAUAGAAGCCCAUAUGGAUUUAGUAGAAGACGAGUAUGUGGGCAAAUUCAAAUGUACGAUUAUGGAUGUUGUACUCGCCUGGGCCAAAGGCGCGAAUUUCCUGCAAAUAUGCAAAAUGACAGAUGUUUUUGAAGGUUCAAUAAUCCGUUGCAUGCGUCGCCUAGAAGAGGUAUUACGUCAGUUAUGCCAAGCGGCCGUAAAUAUUGGUAACGUUGACUUGGAGAACAAAUUCAGUGAAGCCAUUAAAAUGCUCAAACGAGACAUCGUUUUCGCCGCCAGUCUUUACAUGUAG